AUGGUCACUAUGCAAGGAUCCUACACACACACACACACACACACACAAUCACAGGAAGGACCUAUUGGACCGGAACACGAAACACGGCGGAUCUUGAAAGGAACGGCAAUUUCUGACACCAGACCUUAUAUGGUAUACCUCCGGCCUGCCAAGAUGACCCCAGCCUUGGACCCCAACUGGCUCUGCGGCGGGGUCAUCAUCCACCCCCGCUACAUCCUCACGUCUGCCGCUUGCAUUGAGGAUGUCACCCACUUCUACAUAGUCUCCGGAACCCACAGAUGGGUACCGCCAAAACAGACCAACGAAUGUAUUAAGAACGGCGCUACGAAAGCAAUUUGGAAAUGUGUUCCCAAAACCUACCGUUUCGACGGCACCGAGUACAACAACAUCCAAUGGAUGGAGAACGACAUAGCGGUCGUGAUGGCGGCGGAACCGAUCAACUUCAACAAGCGCGUGCAGGGCUGCGACUUCAUCCCGCAAAUGAUCAGGUUUAACAACGUGAGCGACGAAUUCGAGGCUCCAGAAACCUCUGCUUCUGUCGCAGGAUGGGGUUCUACCCAAGACUUUACAGACCCUACCGACGCCAUUGAUUUUGGCGCCGCGACCGCCAUCGCCACUGACAUCCCCUCAACCGUAGUUGACAACCCCUAUCCGGAUAUUACCCGCUCUAUUAACUCAGUCCAGCUCAUGGAAGCCGACGUAGAAAUAUUACCAAAAGGCAACUGCAAAAGCCUCUGGUUGCCGCGGUACCACGAGGUUAUCGACAACUACAUGAUCUGUGGGAAGAACAUCUUUUACGACGAGCUGCAUCUAGACUGUGAGGAAAACCAAAUGGAGUGUAGAGAGUUAGUGUACACGCCGGAGGAUGGCGGUGUUGUCCGGAGACAUCAAGGCAAAAAAUUCGAAAAGCUAGUGUUGCAAUCGUUGAAGAGGUUGAAGAUUUUGAGGCGAGCGAGGCAAAAAUCGUUGAGAAGAGAAGGAAAAGAGGUUGGAGGGUUUUGUGAGAACGAUCACGGAGGCCCACUGAUCACGGGCCAGGGCAAGACCUCAAUGGUGAUCGGCAUCAUAUCCGCCUACAGAACCCUGAACAGCUCCAAGCGCUGCGUGGGCCCCUUCCUGUACACCAGCGUGUUCAACAACAGGAACCUCAUCAACUGUGCUAUUAAUAGGCAGUUGGGAAAACAAUGUAGGACUUUAUUAAGAGACUCCAGUACGGUGCUAGACCAAGAACAUAUUAAUUGGGGUUACAAGUACCAGGACAACAGGUAUUUAAAAAAGCAACUAAGGACAGGCAGGCAAGAGGCUGAGACCAAGAAAUCUAAGAAAGAAAAAUCUAAGAAGAAAAAGCACCACAGCAAAAGUAAAACACGAAAAUCUAACCACACAAGAUCUGCUGAACGCAUGAGCGCUGUUAAACUAGUAGAUAAUAAUCCCCGAAAAAACCGUAAAAACGUAAUGGAACACAUGUCAGAGGCGUUUCUCUCCGGCCAGGGGGUGCUUGCAUACAAGGUCAGACGCCACGUCCCGCCGCGGAAACGCCAAGUCACGCCGCAAAAACGCAGCGGGCGCGUGCGUUUGAGUCGCCGCGGUAGCGCGAGUGUGAAAAGCUUUGGCAAGCUUGGGAAUCAUAGUUCCGUCGCACUGCCGAGGAAAGAAUCCCUUAAAUCGAGGCAUUAG